CUCAACCAAAACGAUAAGUGCGUGUGUGAUUUUGAAUAUCGUAGAUUUUGCAAAAUUAUCACGGCUGUUAUAGAGUACGGGCUUGCCUUAUUGUGGUUACAGAAUGGGGGAAUCAUAUGGAAUCAUGGCUGGAAAGUCUGUUAGGAAAACGAAAGACCCAAGAUGUUGGCAACUGCUGUCAUUAUUUCUAGGAAUAAUUUGCCUAAUUCUUCUAAUAACUGUUAUUGUGUUGGCUGUGCAGAAGAAAGAGGAAGAACAAACAUCCACUUUACAUGAAUGUAAACAAGUUUCUGACCAGAGAAUUAUUGAUCUCCGGGAACCCGAGAACCCUCCUAAUUUUCACGACCUAACAAGAAAUGAAAUCGCAAGAAUCUUCAACUUCAUGUUUGCCCACGAAACAUUAAAUAUCACUCAACCUAGCAAAGCAUCCCUUGGAUCAAACUACAUCUAUGCAAUGGAACUUAUUCUCCCAAACAAGAACGAUGCUUUUCAAUCAUCUACAACCAGAAAAUCCUUGGUAACGGUGUUUGAGGGAGCAAACCCAAAUCCAGUGGUAACUGAGUACUGUAUUGAGUUAAAGUCACAAAUCCAGUUUUGUAGUUCUACCAGGUCCAUCCCCUUUAGCUUUAGACCAAUAACAAUUCCAGAGUAUGUUUUCAUUUUGGAUACGGUAAUUGCCGACGCUAACAAGACUGUUGGCAAUAUUCUAAAAGAAAGUUACCACGGCACGCCUAUAAACUGUGGGAAGACGUGUCUGGGCGUGGAAAAUGUCAGUCCUUUUGCAGCCGUUAUUGCUGGUGUUGAGGGACAAAACUAUCGAGGGUUAUGGGUCCCGUUUGUGCAGUUAAUGGAGCCAAGGAAUCUGCAUCCACUUGAUUUUGCAGUUUUAGCGACUAUAAAUGGUACAUCCACACCGAAAGCGGAUACUGUUUGGUACAACGGUCAACUGUUUGAAUCUCUUGAUGACUUCAAGGAUAAGUGGGAGAAAAAUCAGGUAUCUCCACUUAAGAUAGACUUUCCAAAGAUGCCUAUUCAUAAAGAUGUUAUUAAAGAAAAUUAUCAACGACCUCCAAUAGAAGUUGAACCCGAUGGCAAACGUUACUCGAUCAAAGAUCAGACAGUGACUUCAGAUAACUGGAAAAUCAGUUUUGGGAUAUCUCCUACUCACGGUCCACAGUUGUAUGAUAUAAGGUAUAAGGGUGAUUUAAUAGUUUAUGAAUUGGGUCUCCAAGAAAUUUGUGUUUUCUAUUCUUCCUCGGAACCUUUUGGAAGGUUUGCCAAUUACUUUGACAGUGUUGUGAUGAUAGGUCGCUAUAUGAAAACUUUAGUUCCUGGUAUUGAUUGUCCCUAUCAUGCCACAUUUAUAGACGCCACAUUUAUGUCAGAAACCUCAAAUACACCAGUCACUAAUAAAAAGGCAAUAUGUGUAUUUGAACACAAUACAGCAAGCCCAUUAAGGCGUCACCAUGCUCCAACGGAAACCCCAUCCGGUUACUUUGAGGGUGCACCAAAUGUAGUUUUGGUGUUACGGAUGAUUGCUACACUAGUUAAUUAUGAUUACAUAUUCGAAUUUAUUUUCUACCAAAAUGGUGCAAUGGAGACUAAAGUAUCCGCAUCUGGAAUAAUAGCCUCAUCCUUCAAAUCUGCCGGUCCAAAGUAUGGAUUUCAAGUCAAUGACCAAGCUAUCGGAACAUUACACAAUCAUUUCUUCAAUUUUAAAGUCGAUUUAGAUAUUGGAGGCACUCAAAAUAGCUACUCAACGUAUAAUGUAGAAGUUGAUGAAGUACCAAAUGCAUUUUCAAAAGCGGAUUCUUCAUCGAACUGGUUUCAAGAAAAAAUAGUAAAAGUCGACUAUGCAACUGAAAGAGAGGCAGCUUAUAUGUUUAAUUUUAGUAACCCAAAGUACCACAUAUUUUACAAUGAAAACAAUCUUGACAAGUAUAAUAAUCCAAAAGCUUACAGAUUGCUUUCAAAAGGCUUUGUGAAAAAAGUAUUGCCAGAGGAUGUCGGAAAUGAACCUGGAUCUCCUUGGACAAGGUAUCAAAUGGCCGUUACAAAGCGCAAAGAAAACGAACCUCACAGCUCAUCAAAGUUUGCAACAUAUGAUGGUGAAAACCGGACAGUCAACUUUGAAGCUUUCAUUGGCGAGGAAAAUAUAAAAAAUGAGGACUUGGUGGCUUGGGUUACAUUAGGGGUACAUCACAUUCCGCGCACGGAGGAUCUACCUAUUAUGCCGACACCCGGAAAUGACAUUAGCUUCCUCUUACUUCCGUUUAACUACUUCCCAGAAGACCCUAGUGUUGGAAUCGGUGAUAAUAUACGUCUACAGUACGACAACCCAAGCAGUUCACUUAAAAUAAUGGCACAAAAAUUGAAUGACCUUACUUGUAAACCUCCAAAGACAUAUUCUGUCGAGGAUUUGUUGAAAGAACCGGAAAUGUUUAUUGACAGGCCUACCAUUUAAGCCUAGUAAAAUGUUAUUGUUGAUGACAUUUAAAAGAAUUGUAUCUUAUAUACACCAAUAGGUAUAUUCAUUGAUAUAUUUCAAUAUGUAUAUUUUGACAUAUAUGUUCAUUUAUACUCUGAACAAUAGCUGUGAGUAUCCACUCAGCAUAUGGUUAAAACACACUGCAUUUGCCGUUUGUCGUGCCGUUAUGGAGGCUGAUUUUUAUCUCAAAGGCUCGAGACCGACAUAAGACAUUGCGAUCUUAACCUCUGGUUGCGACCCAAGACCUUGACCAUUGCUGAAUGUCAUAAACGCCGGUUUGGUUGAGUUUCCCCCACAGAUGGUUGUCGAUUGUCAAUUAAAAUGACGAUACAUUUGCAUCUGUAUACCGUUGAAAAAAUUAUGUCAAAAUAACUUUUUAUACGGAUUGUCAAAUAGUGGACAAUAGCAAAAGUUGCAAUUAAUAUGGAGAACUGAAGCACGUGCUGAAAGGCGCUUUUUCUCUUCACAGAAGUGUUGGCAGGUCUAAAGAAAUGCAAGGAUUAUGUUUCUUUUGACACUGUUGUAUAUCUUGUUACUUCGUCAUAAUGUGAUCAGGUCAAAUAAACAGAUUCAUUCAUACA